CUGGGCAGGUGCAGGAUGCGGACCCUGGCCUGGCUGGGCAUCGCCAGCCUGUGUCUGGGGGCAGCUCGGGCUCUCCCAGCCAAGGAGGAGAGAAGGAAGGUGGAGAAGCCAAAAGCUGACUUUGCACUCUACGAAAACCUGGACCUGGACAACUACGACCUGACGCUGGACAACUACGGUGAGAUCCUUGACCUGAGCAACUAUGAGGAGCUCUACGACUACGGUGACCUUGCUCCGAAGAUCGAGGUUGGCACCCUGGCUCCUCGCCCCAAGGAUCCCACAGCUCUCCCAAACCUGGGCACCACGGCUGAAACCCCAAAGCAGCAUGCUCCGACCACCGCCGGCCCCAUCCACCCGGCACCCAUCCCCAUGCAGGGCCUGUCCAGCUGCCUGCUCUGCCUGUGCAUCGGCACCUCCGUCUACUGCGACGACGCCGACCUGGAGCACAUCCCGUCGCUGCCGCCGGAGACCACCUACCUCUACGCCCGCUUCAACCGCAUCGGCGCGAUCCGGGCCAGCGAUUUCACGGGGCUGAAGAAGCUGAAGCGAAUAGACCUGACCAGCAAUUUCAUCUCCUGGGCGGACGCGGAUGCCUUCCGCCUGCUCCCCAGCCUGCAGGAGCUCAUCCUGCCCGAGAACAGGCUGACAGCACUGCCUGAGCUGCCCCGCAGCAUAAUCCGGCUGGAUGCCCGUCUCAACAGGAUCCCCAGCACCGGCCUCCGGCCCGAAGCUUUCCGGGACCUGAAGCAGCUGCAGUUUCUCCAUCUGUCCGAUAACCAGCUGGACUACAUCCCGGCGCCCCUGCCCGAGAGCCUGCGCUCCCUGCACCUCCAGAACAACAACAUCCAGAGCAUGCAUGACGACACGUUCUGUGACAGCCAAGACCACAGCCAGAUCCGCAGGGCACUGGAGGACAUCCGCCUCGACGGCAACCCCAUCAACCUCAGCCUCUUCCCCAACGCCUAUUUCUGCCUGCCCCGCCUGCCCACGGGCCGCUUCUUCUGA